AAGUCCAGUCUAGUCCAGAUCAGUCUAACUCAGCUUUAAGACUCAUUUUGGAGGAGACAUCUAAGACAGGAAGAUUAAAAAAAACUUUAAGAGGUACAACUUUCUGGCAGCUCCCACAUGGAGCCAAAGUCUUCUGCUGAUUUCAGCGGAGUUCCUGCCUGGGGAUAUGGAGGAACGAUACCUGCACCCGUCAGCACUCAGCCGUGCCACGCCAGCACUAUCAGAAAAAAAAGCAAGGUUCGCCUCAAUGACCAACUCAUACCAAAACCAACUGAUAUAAAUUUAUUCGAGAGAAUGACAAAGACUACUACGCUGAAAGAGCAUCCUUAUUCAUCGCACAUUUCUCGGUUUGCCAUGUUCCCCUCGUUCCUCUCCCCGGAUGACCCGGAGAGGGGAGUCAGAGCGGCUUCACAGAGAUUCACAAACCCUCUCAUUCCAAACAAACCUCCUGACGUCACUUUGCUCAGCAAAACUAUAGGAGGUCCAUACCGACAUGAAAUCUUGGAAAACCCAUUUAAAUCCAGGAAAAUGGACGUUUCAUGGAAAGGAGAAAAUGGAUUUUUGGAUCAUUCAAAACCGGUAAAAGGGGAGACAAAGAUUUUCUACCCAGCUCCUCCGAAAACAAUACUGCCCAACCCAAAACUCCGACGCUGGGAUCUGUCAUUAUCAGAGCGCACGAGCAACAUUCUGAGAAACCUGGAGAGGAAACUCUGGAUCACGUCUUACCAGAUGGACUUUACUGGAUCAGGGCCUGCAAACCCUUUAAAGACUGAUGAUUUUAAGGAGAAAAUAAGUUCUCUCACUGGGAUUAAUUCACACUCCGCACCUCUGAGAGAAUUGUCCUGUCCUGUGUUUGUUCCAUCAAAACCCAAAGGAGGACGUAGACGAAGACUGCAGACAAAACGGAGUGACAGCCCAAAUUUUGCUGGUCUCCAAAUGUCAAAUGUAAAUCAAAGCACUGCUCCAUCUUACGUAUACCAAAAACAGCCCCAGGAGCUUAUGGCUAAUUAUAACAAAGUGACAGAUAUGAGCCAAAUGGGUCACAGUCAAUCAGAGUCUGAAACUGGCUUAAUAGAUGUGCAGCAUACUGAUCCAUCCCUAGAGAUCUUACAGCAAAGGGCUGUUGAUCAUGGUAGAGAAAGGGAAAACCGCAAAAUUCGAUUCAACAAAAGUCUAAUUCAAGAAUCUGAAUCAAAAAGCAGCGAAGGUGCUACUGUUCACCUCUCAAAUACACAACAAUUUAACCUGAGCAGAGAGUCUUCUUUCCAACGAGAGGCAAAAGUAAAGACAGAGACAAACUCAAUGGAGGAGCUGCAAAAAGAAGAUCCACAAAUCAAAAAGCAGCCUCUCAGAGUUGGAAAUCCACUCAGGUCUGAAUUACACGAUGCAUUAUCAAGUAAAGAGGACGAUAAGACAAAUGGCAGUGAGCUGCUAAGCUCUCUUCCUAAUGUCUCUAUCCUGCCGCGGGGUUCUGUCUUUUUGGGUGUUCCUACAAACACCUUUGAGACUGCAGGUAGGACAGGCACAAACCUCACCCUUCUAGACCUCCAAAACUCAUUCAGUAAGUCGGAGGCACAUCAAAGAUUCAACAACUCCAUCACACAUGCUGCUGUGGACCUGAGGGACAAUGUAGUCACUGGGAAAAGACACAACUUUUAUGGAAUUAACUGCAACCAUAUUCAUGGUUGA